CAGUAUGUUACUGCUUUGUCUUCUGUCAUUUAACAUUUCGAUCAGAUUUUUUUACAAAUAAAUCUAAAUUUCCAAUUCGCUUUUGUAGUGCUUUUGUACGCAUAUUAUUUUGAAUGUUAGUUAGUGUUGUUCGUAGAUAGUCAGAGUUUCGUUUACUUCAAAUUGCUCGUUACUUUAAGAGGACUAAAACAUGUCUGGAGAGUCUGAAGUAAGAAUCACACCUGACGAAGAGUUUUCCACCUUGUCUUUGGAGACGGACGGGACUGGAGAGGCAGAAGAUGAAGAGAUCAAGUCUUCAUACAAGCCCCCACCAGAGAAAACAAUCGAGGAGAUACUAGCCGCAGACCAGGAGGACGAGUCCCUCAGGAAGUACAAAGAGGCCUUGCUGGGACAGGAAGGCCUGGAAGCUGUUGUUGUCUGUCCGUGCGACCCUCGUAAGGUGUUAGUGAAAAAGUUGGCACUGUGCGUCCCCGGCAGAGAUGACCUCGAACUGCACCUCCAUGGUCCCCUGAGUGAAUUGAAGAAACAGGUGUUCGUGAUAAAGGAGGGCGUGCAAUACCGAAUUAGGAUCGACUUCGUGGUGCAACGUGAGAUCGUGCACGGUCUCAAGUACGUGCAGAAGACCUACCGUAUGGGAGUACCAGUUGACAAAAUGACCCACAUGGUCGGCUCGUACCCCCCCAAGAUAGAGAUCCAGUCGUACACGACCCCCCCGGAGGACGCCCCCUCAGGUAUGCUCGCUAGAGGGUCUUACAGCGUGAACAGUUUAUUCACAGACGACGACAAGAACAUACAUCUGGAGUGGGAGUGGUGCUUCGAGAUUAAAAAAGAUUGGAAGGAUUAAGCUGAGGGCUUGGCUUAUUUUAUAGACUGGAUUGGACUCACAUUCUUGCACUUUUUACUCAUUGGUUAAUAAUGUACCUACGUACUAGAGUGGGCGACAAUAAUAUAGAAAAAAAUCCGGGAAUCUGAUCACCUACCCGGGCCAAUUGUGAAUGUAAACUAUCCAUGGACCUAAUUAAAAAAUAUACACAAAAAAAACAUCCAUAUCGGUCCAGCCGUUUAGGUGUUUCAGUGACAAACACACGCACACGAGUUUUAUAUACUUUUUUCUUUAUAUAUAUAUAAAGAAAAAAGUGCAUGUAACUUUUAAGCCUAAAAGUUAAGGUAUAUUGAUCGGUAUGAAAUCGUUGUCUUGAGUCUAUCGUUAAUCCAUAUGAUAAAGAACCGUUAAAUAACGGUUAUUAAAACAAUUAUCUAGCAUUUUAGUGACCAAAAUUUAUUGUAUUAAUUUGAUACCAUUGGCUACAGCUCGUUUAUGCCAGCAACGCGUUUAUUGGUCGCUCAUAAUAGGAGUGGUAGUCGAUGCUGAUCUGUUGACUGUUUGAAGACUUGAUGACGACUCGUUGACGACUCGAUGACGACUCGUUAAAGACUCGUUGUCGAACAUCCCCCUAAUCUUUGAUCGUAAAUCGGCAGAUAUAGUUUAACCGGUUUUAGCUAUGUGGAGUUGAUAAGAAUGCUUUUUUCUCUAGUACGUAUUACGUUAUUUCUCAAGGCUUUUACUUCUCUGGUUAUAUUAAGUAGUUUAGUUGAACGGAUACUAUUUUUUUCUUUUUCAAACAAACUUAAAAGUUUUAUUUUGUAAAUAUUUUAUGAGCUUUUAUUAUUACAAUGUGUUAAAUUGAGAAAUAGAUGGUGUAAAAAGGUCCGUUUUAAUUAUUUAAAAUGUGAAUUGUAUUAAAUAAUAAUAAUUAUAAUUCCCAUGAAAAAUAUUGCAAAUACAAUAAGUAAAAUAAGUAAGUACAAAAUGUAAUAUUUUUACGGAAUUCAUUGCGCCCGAAUACUGAAAAGUUAUUGCCUAAACCAUCUUUAUAUGAUUAUUGAUCUGUGUUGCUUUGUCUCCUUCUGUCAACUGUCAGAUUACAGACGAUGGAAAGAGAUAGACGUGUCACUAUACACUAGUUAAAAUCAACUUAUUUGGAUACGGCGGUAUUAAAGAUUUGAAUGAAGACCAAAUGUCAUGUUUUUGUUACGUCAAUAAUUGUAUGUACGAAAUGGCAAAAUUAUAAUAUUAAAGUUACUUUUGUACUUUUCAGUAUUCGGUGUCGCUAAAGGUGUUUAAACAGAUUAAAUAUAAAAUUCAAAGUUUAUUUUUUUUAUUUUUACAAGUUUCAUUUGAUAAUUUAACGCCCAAGAGAAAAUUUCGUCGACGCUCGUUAAUGGCGAGUUUACACUAUACCUAUAACAAUUUAAUGUUUCAUUUUUGGUCGUCUUAAAUGAAAACCGAUUGCGUUUGUGCCAUUGUGUUGCAUUGCUCAAGAGGUUUACCGAAAUAUUACGCACAUUUGUUUAUGAUGACGUGUCCAAUCCAGUUGCGAGGUUAAACGUAUCCAAGGACGCAGAGGUAUGAACAUUGCAGGCACGUGUGACGUACACGCUACGUGUACACACGCAGCACACACCCGACGUACGUAGUCAGAUCGUAGUUGAAUAUACACGGUGUUUUUUAAUCUUAUUAAUGUUCUACCUAAUAAUGCGUUCUUAGGGUACGUAUAGCCCGAAACACGUGGCUGACUGAGGAGACAAGAUAGUACGAAAGCCCAAUUGCUAAAGUUAUAAUUGGUUGCGUGUCACAAAUAUUAUUUAUAUUGCUGUAUUAUUCGAUUAAACCUUUAGAAAUUUGUUUGAGUGAUGUCGUCACCUCUUCUGAAAUAACUUAAAAAAGUGAAUUUAGUCAUACAAAAAUAUCCUUGACACGUACGAAUUAUGUUACCUAGUAGUACAUAUGAUGCCUUAUUACUUGUAAAUUAUCUAUGCACUGACAUUGAUAAUACAUUUAAUGGUAUCGGUUGCAAACUGCCGGAAAAGAUAUUUCAUAGGGAAGCUGUACAUUUAGACAGCGAAGAACAGUUUAAAGCAAUUGACUUAAAAGAUUGGUUUUUUUAGUGUCUGGGCUUAUUAAAGAGCCUAUAUUUGUUUAUCUAUAUUUAGAAAGUAAAUUUGGCAUGUUUUUUAUAACAUUUGAAAUAAUUUCAAAAAAAAAAAAAAAUGUUUUUGCAUUCGAUUUCGAUUCAACCGCACCCUUUCUUUGUCUUUAUACAUAAGAAUUUUUAAACAAAAAUGCAUGGUUUAAAUAUUAUUUCCCGUCGAUUAAGAUUAUGGAAAAAAUAUUUGAACCUAAUUGAAACCACACGCAUAUACCAUAGCAUAUAAAAUGAUUAUUAAAUAACAGGAGUUCUCUCUAAUUUUUGAUACUACAUUAGUUAAUAGUGACUUUUCUAAUAAAAUCCGAUAUUUUUAUACCGUUCGUAUUGAUCGUUAUCUGUAUUCAGUUCAUAUGGAAUUAUGAUUCACGAUGCCUACUCAGGGGGCGUGAUAUCACGAGCUUGCUUCUUUGUAGCGGCGUGAUGGGUAUAAGCACCAUAUUCAAAGCCAGAGAUUUUUGCCCAGCUGUGGGACUUAAGCUGAUUUUAGGUAGCACGCGUCUCGAGAAGGCAUCUAAAACACAGUCUCUAAUUAUUAAACUGGAUUGGCUGUGUUGAAAUAAAUAUAAACGUAAAAUAUUCUUUAUUCAAAUACAUAGAUGAUAAGGAAAUUUUGUAUGGCCCAUUAAAAAAAAAAGUAUUAAAAGCUAUUCGUAUGCUGUUAAAUUAUGGACUUUAUUAUAUAAUAGAAAAAAAAAGCUAAAUUUUUUAAUGUUUGAAGUUGUAGAAUAUUAUUCAAAUAAAGUGCAAUUGUAAUCUGUUGAAUUAUGGACUCUAUGGAUAAGGAAUUACGUUACAUUUUUUUAUAUUUUAGGAUUAGUCAGCCAUAUUAAAGUCGGCACUUUAACCGGCAUACCUGUAUCGAGCAUUUCAAGCCAAGCUACGUGAGCUUAUGUUUGUGUGUGCGAAAAGAGCUUUCAAAAAUUUAUAUAUUUAAACAAAGAACUAAAUCGUUAGAUACGCCGUCACCUCCAUGUCACACUGUAAAGGUAAGAGAACUCACUUAUUUGUAUAAUUUGACAGUGUAUAAUAAAAAAAUAUUCCUAAGAUUAUUUAAUAGGCACUUUUUAUAAAAGCUGGCAACGCAUCGGUGGCUUGAAAUCGUAUCGUAGGCGAUUAUUGUUAAAUUAUUUUUGUUUUUUUUUUUUAAUUUCAAAUCUCUGUUUAUCAACUUUCAAAGGGUUUGGUGUCACAUCUAACGAUUUAAAUCUUUGCCAAUUUCAUACUUCAUAGUUGGAUAAGUACCCUCAAUUUCAUGUUAAAACUAGCAGAGUACAGAGUGCGUCACGAAAGUUGAAAAUAGCUGCGGUUACAACGCAAAAGAGCGAAGAUUUUUUUCUUUCUGAUCCGCACCGCAGAGGCCUGGAAUGCCCUCCCAUCUUCCGGCUUCCCCAAUAACUAUAAUCUGGGUACCCUCAAAUCAAGAGUGAAUAGGCAACAUCUAGGCAAGCGCGCCCCAUCUUAGGCUGCAACAUCACUUACCAUCAGGUGUGAUUACAGUCAAACACUUGCCUAUAUAUUAAAAAAAAAGGCUUACAUGUAUACACGCGUACAUAAAACUUCUUUCGAUCGUGAUACGAUGCAAAGCCGCACAUAAAGACAAUCAGCUAUAUUUUCUAUUGAUUACUAAACGUGAUUCACUCGACACUAUCAUCAUAUGUACUUCUACACCCCAAGCGAUGUGUUCCGGUACGAUGUCAAGAAGAAACUGAUUAGGGGUAGGAUUACAUAACUGCCAUACCUUUAACAAGUUAGCCGGCUAACAUCUUAGGCUGUAUCAUCACUUACCACCUGCAUAAAAAAGAAAUUCUCAGAAUCGGUUCACCGGAAUUUUCAACUUUCGCGGCGAAAACUGCGGUUGCAUAUUUUUUUAUCAUCUAUCUCUGUCGUUUCGUCGUAUUUAUUUGUAAGUGGGAGCGAGACAAAUAAUAUAUUACUAGCGGCGCUGUGUCGCCGUGCCUGUAAAGUGUUGGUACACAAUAAUGGAGUAUAUUUUUAAUACCUAGCUUGUAAUGUAAAGGAAAUAGCCAGCGACGCGUGAGUGGCAAUAAUAAUAUAAAAAGUAUUACUCUUAUACUUAUCUAUUUCUUUUUGAUAAGUGUAAAAUAGUUCUUAAGGGUUUGCAUAUAAAGUACAUUUUUAAUCGCUCUCAAUAUUUGGGCGGUUGCUGCAUUUUGGUGAGUGAAGGUGAAUGACCAUAGUAGCCAUCUUUAAGACCCGAUUAAUUAUAAACUGACAUAAAUAUAAGAACACGAUCUCAAUUUCGGUCUUUGUUUGUGAAUCUGUACUUACCUUGAUGUUGGUUUAUUAUUUCGAGCCUAAUGCCCGUUUUCACUAAACCUAGGAAACGAUUAAAUCGGAUGCCUAGGUAAUGUUUAGCACAUUCCUACAUCAUUAGGCAUCCGAUUUAUUCGUUUUCUCUUCGAUAAUGGCUAAGGAAAGACCAUAUAAAGUUACGACACCGAUUCGCGCGUGCGUAAUGGUUAAGGAACUCUUAAACUGACAAUAAUAACAUUUGUCAUUGACAGAUGAGAAAAAAUUGUUUUUUUUUUUAAUAACCUUAAAUCCGUACGAAAAAAUAAUAUGAUGAUACAAACACAAAAUACGGCAACUUUUGGCAAGAACCAUAGACAAGUUAAGUUAUAUGCGUUGCCUAGUGAAAAUCGAUUGGUGUGAGGUUUGUAUGCAAAGCUGCAUAGAAUCUCCUUAGCUUCGUUGUUACUUAGGCAUUGCCUUGUUCAACUUUGGUGAAAACGGGCAUAAGAACCAUGUAGCCAGCUCCAAACAACAGCCAGGAAGGUCUCACAUCUAUAUCCCUUCAAUGAAAGAGGUAGUCUGCCUAGUUGUGGGCCAUGGUUAAUGGAGUAUGAUGAUAAAAUAUUGUUUUGUUACUGUGAUGAUUCACCUAAAGAUUUAAAGCGGAGUCCAAACUGUCGCGUCAAACUUUAUGUAGCGUGCAAAUUUGCGUACUGCGUGCUGUAGAUAAGUGCAUUCACGACCUCAUACCGACGGCCGUAUACCUGAUUUGGAGACAAAUUAAAUAAAUAAAUAAAUGUACUUGGACAAUACACACAUCAAAUUAAUGUGAUAAUGAUAAAAUAACAUGACGUCACAAUUGAUUUGAA